GACAGCGGCGAGGCUAUUGAAGUGAAAGUAAAAGAAAGAAGCAGUGAAAAGUGCAGAAACACUUCUCCUGACGGGGCUUCUGUUCAACGCUUCAUCCUAUCUUCACGUUAGAAGCCUCAUCUGCAUCCCUCCUCUCUCCACGGUGAAGAUGCUGCACAUCUUGAAGCCCAGCUGUCAACCGCAGACCAGAGGCUUCUGCUUUGAAAACAGCCGCAGGAAUGCAGUAUUGGAGUCCAGUUUGUCAGAGUUCGGCUACAAAGCUCCCAGUGCCAGAAAGACAGGGACCACUAUUGCUGGGAUUGUUUUCAAGGAUGGAGUGAUCUUGGGAGCAGACACGAGGGCUACAGAUGACAUGGUGGUGGCUGACAAGAACUGCAUGAAGAUUCACUACAUCGCGCCAAAGAUCUACUGCUGUGGUGCUGGUGUGGCUGCAGACGCAGAGAUCACUACACAGAUCAUGGCGUCCAAUGUGGAACUGCACAUGCUAAACACUGGGCGACCCCCACUCGUCACCAUGGUAACACGACAGCUAAAACAGAUGCUGUUCAGGUACCAGGGUCAAAUCGGUGCGUCUCUGAUCGUUGGAGGAGUCGAUGUGACUGGUGCUCACCUGUACAGUGUUUACCCACACGGCUCCUAUGACAAACUGCCUUUUGUCACCAUGGGCUCUGGAGCUGCAGCUGCUGUCUCUGUAUUUGAGGACCGAUUCAAACCAAACAUGGAGCUGGAAAAGGCUAAGCAGCUGGUACGAGACGCCAUCACUGCAGGAAUUUUCUGUGACCUGGGUUCAGGCAGCAACGUUGACUUGUGUGUUAUCACCGAGGCUGGAGUGGAGUACCUGCGAGGCUAUGACAAGCCCACGAUGAAGGGAAAAAGAGAGGGACAGUACAGGUACAAGCCCGGCACCACGGCCGUCCUGACCAAAACGGUGACCCCGCUCUCUCUGGAUGUGGUCGACGAAUCUGUUCAGAUCAUGAACACUGAAUGAAACACAAUAAGAUGCUUCUUUUCAUUGACAUGUAGUAAUCCAUCCAUGUUCAAAUGAAAAGGAAGACAGCUUGUUGGGUAUCGCUAAAUCAUUACUGGUGUUAAAAAAAAGGAUAGCUGCGCAAUAAAAGUUUAUAUUUGUGAAAUUA